GUAGGCGUGGUGACUGACUCGAUGUCGUUGGAUGAUGUUGGCGUGGCCAUGGUGAGGAUCCCGCCCAGCAUAUUAAGCUCUGGUGGGCCACUAUUUUGGCAACCGUCCUUCCGAGAAUUCAAGUUGCCUGGCCAUUGGUUUCUGUCUUCUCUACACGGUUCUCAGUAUAUUUGGAUUUGUUCAAUAAAAUUUCUCCUCUGUCUUGGGGCGAGUCCGUCACCCAAGCACAACUCACAGAAGCAGCUAUCGCGCGAAGCCUCCCCACCUACCCCCCAGCAUAGCAGCACUGCCCAUCAUGCUACGAAGCUCCUUCCUCAGUGUGCUCGCGACAACGUACAUCCCGUGUCUUGUGACGGCGCUGGCCUGCAGACGAGCUUCAGAGUGCGCGCCUGGGCUUACGGCUUGGUCUGAUGCGAACUUCGCUGGAACGUCACACCAGUACAAUGUUUCCUGGGACACAUGCGUCUCGAUCGCAGCCCAAUUUCCCUUUGCCCAACCAGGCGGAGUUAGCUCCCUCGCUGCCAAUGAGGGCAACUGGUGUACGGUCUACCCGAACACGGACUGCAAUCCUGGACAAGGCAACGCCAAUGACACGCUUAACGUUGUUGGCAGCUACUACGAUCUCGCCAAUCCAGAGGAUGCCUGGGAUAAUCUGGCCCAGAGCUUUUCCUGCAAAAAAUACAACUGCGAAUGAUUCCAGUAACAUUUAUGUUGGAGAAUACUUUUUUGGGACCGGAUAUUGUCUUUGAAGGGCUCCAUCUCUGAGGUGGUUGACCUGACCUGACAAUAUAGAGGGAUGGCCGCUUGUACUUAAUAUUAAUGUGUUAUACGAUCAUAUUUCCAAUAGUUCUCAACACGAAUAAUUGCUUUUCGGUUCCUA